AUGAACCCCUUGGUAGUAAAACUAAGCUGUGACGAAUGCCGUCUACGCAAAACAAAAUGCGACAAGGGUUCUCCGUGUUCAGCCUGCAAACAUGCAGGAACGAACUGUACCACAGUCCAACGUGCGCGUCAUCCUCGAGGGCGAAGUGGAAAUACCAAGAAAAAAACAGUCUUGGAGUCGAGAGUUGCCCAGUUGGAAGAUUUGGUCAAACAACUUGGGACGCAAAUAGAAAGGACCAACGACAAUAAUGGAGCGGAUGCAUCGAAAUCUGAAUCUGAUCAGACUAUUCCCUUGCCGGUUCCUAUCAAGGCUAAUGCGAUGUUGGCGAAGGAUUUCUUUGCGAAGCUUUCCUGUGAGGUGGCAGGUAUCAGAGAAGUUCUCGACGACUCUACCGAGGAUAGCAACAGUUACAUGUCAUCAGAAUCCUCAGCAAAAUCAGGACCCAGCCCAGACACGCCUCCGGCGUCAAUGCUAUUUGGUCAUCAGCCUCAUGUAACCGAUGAAUCAUUAGUGGCUCCACCAACCGAAAAUGUCAGAACAAUCCUUCUAGACAUCUAUCGUGAUCGUGUCGAUUGCCUGUUCAAAGCGACCUACUGGCCUGCAGCUGAGACUGUCAUUAUCCAAAGGCAUGAAGAAAUGAAAAAGGGUGUUCCUUGCGUGGAGCAUCCUGUCGAGCGCCCUGUCGAGCGUGCUAUCUACUUCAUGGCAAUAUGCUCAAUGACCGAAAACGAGUGUGAAACUAUACUUUCCGAUAGCAGAAGCAAUCUCAUUUAUCGACAUAGGCGAGGUGUAGAAAUUGCCCUGGCUCGCUCGGAGUUUCUGACGAAUCCCGACAAGCUUUCUUUGCAAGGUUUUGUUCUCUACUUGAUGGGACUAAGGGUCUGCCAGCAGUACGCCAUGUCAUGGACACUACUGGCAUUAGCUACCAGGGCUGCAAAUGCCCUAGGUCUUCCCUUAACAGAGCCGGGCGAUUCAGUAUCAGUUGGCGAUGACUUGAAAAUGCGCCUCUGGUAUUGCAUAGGCAUGCUAGACUCACAAACCUCAAUAGACCGCGGCUCCAGACCUCUGAUGGCCCUUAAGGAGUUUCAGAGGAAACCGUUACUUGUCAAUCACGACGUUGGUAAAUACGCCAGUCCUUCUCAGCGCCUGAGUUACACCGACGACAUGUCAUUUUCACACGUGAUUCACGAAGCCACUAUAUGCUCGAGGCGAUUGAUGGAAUUCCCGCCAGAUACAGCCGGUACAUGGGAAACCUGGGAUAAGAAGCUGCAGAUCAUAUCAGAAUUCGAGAUAUAUACACGACAAUUUUGCUCUAAACUUGAGGGCUCCUCGCAAGAUUUCCAACGAUUCGUACAGUCUACUGCUGAGGAUAUUGUGUUGAACAUGCAGCUUUUUCUUCGCCGACCGAUGUUUCCCAGCAGGACAAGCCCCUUUCCACCAUGGGAUAAGUUUGAUGUUCUCAGAGUCACUACGGAGAUUAUGGAGGGAGCUUUGUGGAAGGCCACUGAUAGUGCCUUUGCGCCAUGGGCAUGGCUUUCCAAGACGUGGCUUAAAUGGCAGGUUCUUGCAGUAUUGCUUGCCGAGCUGUGUACGCCGCGUUACGGGGAACUUGGAGACCGUGCUUAUGCAGUUGCGAAGGAGGGGUAUGAGUAUUGCUCUGCGUUGAUGGCCGAGACAGAUCUCACAAAUGUGCUGAAGCCACUUGAGAAGUUGAUAUCUAGAGUGAAUGAAGUCCGGGAUGGGAUGCUGAUUGAGCAGCAUAUGCUCGGUCGGAUUCCAAGCGUGUCGAGUGCCACAGGAAGGAGCACGUUAAGUCAACCCAGUUCGGUGGACAAUGAUUCAUUUUCUCUAUUCCCAACCGGUGUAUCGGGCUUGACAAGCUUACCAUAUAUCGAUAACACUAAUGUAACCGAUACAUUCCUCAAUACCGAUCAAUUCACACACUCUUCGUCAUUUAUGAAUGGCGAUCCAGAUGCUGACGCCUCUUGGCUUAAUUGGAAUGGGUUUCUCGGAGAGAUGGGCGACACUUGGACUAUUAUCCCCAUCCCAGAAUAUCAUAAUAACAUGAACUCUUCAACUUUAUGA